CUCCAUAUCAGAGGGAAGCCUAUCUGCAAAGGAAUCGUGAGUAUAAAAGAAUGCGGCGUGAGUGCAGUGCAAUUUGUAACAACACACAACCAGCACCACAACAGAAAAUUUUGAGAUCUAAUAAUAAGAACCAAUCCAUGACAGGAGAGGAAGUCGUGGGCAGUUCAAACUAUGAGAGGCACGAUUCAGUAUUUACUCAACUAGGGUCUUCAUCAAAAGGCAAACAAGAUAGUGGUGGUUCUGAGACAAGCCGUCCAAAAGCUGGAACUCGGUUCACUAUCAGUCCAUCUGGCAUAUAUUUAUCCUCGAUAUCCUCGCAAGAACAAGCUACAAAGUAUGAAUUGAAAAAUGUGGGUCAGCGUAAGCGACAGCAUUGCACCAAUGUGUACUCACAACUAUCACAUGAUCAAGAAGAAACACAUGUACAAGAGAUUUGUGGCCCUAAUAAAAGAAAGAGGUCAGAAAAAGGAAGUUGUAGUACUGCACGGGAUCCUGGUAGAAAUACCAACAACUUGCAUGAAGACAUCAUUUAUGUGCCCCAGGAUUAUUUUCCUGUCAUUCAUGAUUAUCUGGCAAAUACCGAAGACAACAUUGAGUGCGAUGAGGUGGAUGAUGAAAGUCUUAUGUAUAAUGGGCCAGGUCUUGACUUUGAAUCAUAUCAAGAACCAAAGCUUGUUACAAGAUGUAUACAAGCAGAUCCAUAUGAUCGUAUAUAUCAUAAUGUGCCCAGUGGUCAUCAUUUUCUAGAGCGAGUGCCCAACUGUAGACAUUGUAAUGCGAAAAGGUUCCCAUAUGAGACACCAACUUUUUGUUGCAUGAAUGGAAAGGUGAAGGUAGUAACCCCAGUGGUUCCUGAAGAAUUGCGUCAGUUGUACACGAGUCAGGAUCCAAAUGCAAAAUACUUCCAAGAUCAUAUACGGUACUUCAAUUCUCAUUUCUCUUUUACCUCUCUUGGUGUCAUCUUGGACCAAAGGUUCUGCAAUAGGACGUCUGGAGUUUACACCUUUCGUGCACAGGGCCAAAUUUAUCACCGUAUUGACCAGUUGGUUCCAAAAGAAGAUGGCCCCAAGCAUUUACAGUUAUACUUCUAUGACACGGAUGCAGAUUUGCAACAAAGAUUUCUUCACUCGCCUAACUUAAACCAAAUUCUCAUCCGGAAGUUGGUAAAUAUACUUUCAAGUAACCCUUAUGUACAAAUAUUUAGAAACCUUGGUUCUAUUCCAAACCUUGAUGAAUAUAUGAUUACAGGGGUAAUAUUCUAG